CGUACAGUCUUGUACAUGUAUUAUUAUUUUUUGAAUUAAAAUUAAUUUGUCUUGUCUUGAAAGUGGCUCAUGUUCUCGAUCAUAGCUGCAGCAGUCUCCGCAGGGCUUUCCUUGUUUGUGACUGGCAUAUCCUCAUUAGUCUUGUAAGUUGUAAGCUCUCGAGUUAGUUGAACACAAUGGAGUUAUUCCUACCUCCUGAAUCUGUACGCGGUAUGACGUCUCUCGUCAAGGAGUCGUUCUCCACAGAUAUUGCAGUACAGGGGAUUAAUGUGCCUAAAAAGAAAUGCCAAGAGGUCGUGAAAGCACUGAGGAAAAAUUCCCAAUGCCUGAAAGUUUCAGGAGUUGCGCCGGUACGCGAGAUACCUGACGAUGCGAACUCUAUGUUGGUGUUGCUUAUGCCCGGUGUCGAGCAAGAGAAAUUUCCUGCGUCCGUCUCUGAUCUCCUGGCAUCUGGUACAUCGACCAUCAGGGAGACACAGCUUACUAUUGGCUUCAACAACUUCAGCACCACACAGCUCCUGGACAGCAUUCUACCCAAGUCUGUGCCAAGAAUCAAUGCAUUUGCCACAAUCGGCCACAUGGCACACAUUAACUUGCGGCGAGAGCAAGAGCCUUACAAGAGCAUCAUUGGUGAGGUGAUCCUGGCGAAGAACCAGAUCAUACGUACAGUUGUGAACAAGACACACUCAAUCAACAACACGUUCCGUACGUUCAAUAUGGAGGUCCUGGCCGGUGAACAAGACACACUGGUGACACACAAUGAGAACGGCUGCAUGUUCAAGUUUGACUUUGCCAAGGUAUUCUGGAACUCGCGCCUAUGCGGCGAGCACCAGCGUAUCGUGGAGCAGCUGAGUAGGUCCGACGUUGUGUGUGAUGUGUUUGCCGGCGUGGGGCCGUUCGUCAUCCCCGCUGCUAAGCGAGGCUGCCGCGUCUAUGCAAACGAUUUGAACAGCGAGUCGACCGCCAGCCUGACAGAGAACUGUCGCUUGAAUCACGUCGCCUCGCGGGUGUCUGUGUUUACCCUGGACGGUCGUCAGUUUCUGAAGGAGAUAUCCGCCAAAGUAGUUGCCGGCCGGGCUGAGAACGGGGUGAACAAUAGCAGUGUUGGAGGCAACGAAAGAACGCACGUUGCCUGGCCCAUGUUCAAUCAUGUUGUGAUGAACUUGCCGGCGAUAGCUAUCGAGUUCCUGGAUGCAUUCCGAGGUGUUUUCACCGGGCAUGACGAUGUGCGACUGCCCAUGGUUCACUGCUACUGCUUCUCAUCUGCUGACAAUCCCCACCAGGAGGUGCUCGAGCGCGUCAAGAGUGCGCUAGGCGUCAAGGAACUUGGCGAUGAGACCAAGCUGCACGAGGUUCGCAGUGUUGCUAUCUCCUCUCGCCAAUAUUGUGUAUCAUUCCGUCUGCCCAGGGAAGCAGCAAUGGCCGAGCCGGACUGCGGGUCAGAUGAACCAGAUGCGAAGCGAGCACGUGUGGACACAUGACAGCCACAUGGAUGACCAGCCAGUAACCGAGCAGUUAUUGUGUGACCAGCCCUGUCUGAGUAGUCAUGGUGUGGGACCAACGCGCAUCUGGGUAGUCUGUGCGUGUGUGAUCACGCACACUUGGGUGGUCACUUUACGAAACAAGUCGUACCAGGAUAGUUGCGCAUAGUCAGCGGUGAUUGUACAAUCGCUGUGCAAACUUCUUAUAGUGCUACACGGAUGCUGUUGUAGGCUGUAGCUAUAGGGCACAGAUCAGUAGUAACCAGUCACCAGGCACAGUUGCCCUCCCCUACCUGCUGCUGGCCACCAUGUGGGCCAUUUGCUAGGCCGACCAAUACUGCACUGGCCCCGGGCUCUAGUCCAGUGCGAACGCAGCUCAAUCUUGCUUUCGAGCAGUGGACAUUCCGGGAAUGCCCGGCCUAUGUCAGGUCUCCUGGCCUAGCUAGUGUCAUGUAAGGGGCCCAGGGACGUCACUGGCUACACGUGCCAGUUACUUGCUCAGAGGUCUGAAACCUCUGAGGUAGCAUUACCAUGAUUACUGCAAACCCUGUAAGGUUCACAGCUACAUGUAUAAACAAUGGCCGUCAUCUGGAUUUCUCAUGCCAGUACACAUUUUCUAUGCCUUGUUGGAACAUUAGAGCAUUGUUGUUGUUCACUGUGACCUUGGUGACAGUCCCAUAACCCAGUACAUUGUAGUUGGCCUUUUCUAGAUGACUCAUAGCCCUCCACUUGAUUCAAAGCGCACUGCCUGAUUCGUACUUUGCAAUGUAUUCUAAUUUAUUUCUGGUGUAGAGAGCACUAUUACUCUAGUUCUAUUUUCCAACUUUUUUUAAAGAAUUUAAAACAUGCAAAUAAUGUCUGGAUGUAUCAUGUACAAUCCUGCA